CACUUCUCUCAAAGACCACAAACCACAAAAAAAACUUUUCUUUCUUUCUUCUUCAAGGAACCCUCCAAGAGAACAGAUACAGAGAAACCUAAUUCCUUGUCUGGUCAUAACUUCACAAGUAGCUUUACCUCUGUCUUAAUGCUGGGUUCUUCUUUGUCCUCCUGUCUCUUCUUCUUCUUCUAAAUUUACUUCCUCUGAGACACAAAACAGAGGAAAAGUCAGAAACUGGAGAUUUUUCAAGAAUUGGUAAUGAGAGAAUCUUAGAGUUUCAAAGUUUGUUAGAGUCAAAACACUUUCUGAAACAAGAGUAGAGAAGACAAAGAAGAACAAGAAGAAAAAUGUCGGCUAAGCUUUUGUAUAACUUGUCAGAUGAGAAUCCAAAUCUGAAUAAACAGAUUGGGUGUAUGAAUGGGAUCUUUCAGGUGUUUUACCGGCAACAUUAUCCACCGAGACGUGUUGCCGUCACCGGAGAUGAGCUCAAGUCUCUGCCUUCAGGCAAAACAAGUGACAAUGUCGGUGAUAUCAACAUUUCAACGGAUAACAAGGAAACGGAGAAGAGUAAGAAGAAGAAAGCUGCAGCAAAGGAGAAACAUAAGGGAGUCUCCUCUGAAUCAUCCUCGAGGUUGUCGUUUUCUUCUUCACCAUGCUCCUCUAGCUUCUCAUCUGCAGAUAUUAGCACCACGGCUUCUCAGUUUGAACAGCCCUGUUUGAUUCAAACGAACAAUGGUGAGAAUUCAGCAAGAGAACCGACCUAUGGUUCGCCAAGGUGGGGUGGUUUAGUGAUGCCGAGUGAUUUGCGGGAGCUUGUAAGAAGCUCCAUUCAUAAGGAGACAAGAACCAGAGAUGAAGAAGCCUUGUCUCAGCAGCCAAAAUCAGCCAGAGCUAAUGUGUCUCUUCUCAAAGAAUCAUCACCAUCUCGGAGUUCUAACGGAUGGAGCGAGGGGAGGAGAGUAGUGAAGCUGAAGGACAGUCCUCGGUUCUCUUACGAUGAGAGGGAAACGAGAAAGACAGUCCCCAAGUUAAAAGAGACCCCAAGGUUGUCAUUAGACAGCAGAUCGAAUUCCUUCAGAAGCGCAAAAUCUAGUUGUUCACCAGAGCCGCAAGAGCUUGUAACGGGUCACAGAAGAACAACAUCAAGCGUCGUUGCAAAACUGAUGGGUCUUGAAGUCAUUCCAGACGAACCUGUGGCCGUCCAGGAUAGAGAGAAUCGCUUCUGUGACUCCCCGAGGCCAACUUCUCGAGUGGAAAUAGAUCUACAAAGAUCAAGAAGUUCUGAUUCUAUCAAGGAGAUGAUGCCUGCUAAGUUUCCUAUGAAAGCAGCUCCAUGGACGCAAGUGGAUGGUGCAAAGAAUCAAGUCAAAGCAGCAGACGCUACUACGCUGACAGUUUAUGGUGAGAUACAGAAGCGGCUUUCGCAGCUUGAGUUCAAAAAGUCCGAGAAAGACCUCAGAGCUCUUAAGCAAAUACUCGAAGCGAUGGAGAAGACGCAGCACUUAAUAAGCAAAGAUGAUGACAACAAAACCAAUUUUAUGCAGAGAACUGAUCAGCCAGUUCCAUCUGCAACAAGCCCGUCAUCAAAGAACUUCAAAGCUUCCUCUAUCGUGGUUAUGAAAGCAGCUGCGGCUCCAGUCUUCAAAGAGACAGGCAUUUCUGGUUCUGCAUCUUUCGCCCCGCGUAAUGUUGCUUUAGCAAACAUCAAGGUUGGAAACCUGAGGCAAACCCAGAACGUCAUUCCGAGGAAGCAGAGUGCCAUGGGUGUGACCCCGAGGCCGGGAUUUUACAAGGGCCAGACAGAUUCCACAAUGAAAAGCGCUAGUACCAGACCUUUACAGUCGAAAAGUGACAUGGCCAAGUCAGGGAAGAUUCAGAAGCCUAGUGUCAGCCCAAGAACACCACCGAAGAAGCUCGGGUUCGAGAAGCAGUCUCGACCGACAUCUCCAAAACCAGAACCGAACAAGAACCAAAGACAACAACAAAUCAGUAGGCAACAGACAGAGUCAGCCUCACCGAGAAGAAAACAAGGGCUAAAAUCUCGUGGCUUGCAGCAAUCUGAAGACCGUUUAAGUGACGAAAGUAGUGACUUUAGAAGUCAAAGAUCUGACAGCAACGUAAGCUUGGCUUCUAACCUUGAUACUGAGGUUACAAGCAGGUAUAACUUUGAGAGGAACAGCGACAUCACAGAGCAGCACACCCCGAAACAAAGGAGUCCAGAGUUGGGAAUGAGGUCAUUGCCAAAACCUCUGAAAGUUACAGUGGAGCAGCCCAGUCCAGUUUCAGUUCUUGAUGUAGCCUUCGACGAAGAUGAUUCACCAUCCCCUGUGAGGAAGAUAUCCAUCUUUAAAGAAGACGACAAUCUAAGUUCUGAAGAGUCCCAGUGGAUGAACAAGCACAGCAACUUAUGUAGAUCAAUUGUGUGGCCUGAGAGUAACGCGAGUCUAAAGCAGUCUGAUGCCGAACUUAUUGAGGGUUUAAUGGAAGAAGAUGGUGAAUUCAAAAAUGGUGACCACAAGUACGCAGCAGAGAUACUGUCAGCAGCAGGGCUCCUAAGAGAUAUCGACUACAGCAUGAUAAGCAUUCAGCUGCACCAAGCACACCUACCGAUCAACCCGAACCUUUUCUUUGUACUGGAACAGAACAAGACAAGCAAUGUGAGUCUACAGGACAACAAGCACAAAGGCAGAGGAUACGGACAACAACAAACAGCGAACCUGAUAGAGAGAAGCAAGAGGAAGCUCGUAUUUGACACCAUCAACGAGAUCUUGGCUCGCAGAUUUGCUGCAGAUGGGUGUACGAAGCAACCAUCCAUAGUAUCAUCGAUCAGCCGGCUAAGGAUAACCGAAAAGAAUUCAAGAGGGAAAGAGCUUCUGCAAACUCUGUGUUCAGAGAUCGAUCGAUUACAACGAAACUCCAAGUGUAUCUUGGAUGAGGACGAUGAAGACCUCAUUUGGGAGGACCUACAAAGCCAUGGCAUGAACUGGAAGGAGAUUGAAGGAGAGACACCGGGGUUAGUGUUAGACAUUGAGAGGCUAAUCUUCAAGGACUUAAUUAGUGAAGUUAUGACAAGUGCAGUUGCAGCUUUUCCAGGAAUGCUCAGUGGGCAACCAAGGCAGCUUUUCCAUUGCUAAUAUUCCUAAUUAAUCUUCACUUAGAAUUGUAAAUCAAGGAAUCUAAAUCAUCCAUUUUACAGAGUUGAGAGCAUAUGGUUUCUUGGUUCUCUGAACCCUUUCUUA